AUGUUCAUUGACCUCACGCAGGACUCAGAUUCAGAGGAUCAGCCCAGGAUUGCAAAUCCGCUUUUCUCGAAUCUUGCGCACAGGACACUUUCAGUUUCGUCUAGUGUUCCUCUGAAGAGGAAGUCGGAUGUAGAUUCAGAGACUGCAUCAGUGUCUUCCUCCAACGCUGCAUUUCCGCAGCUGAACAACCUCAAUUCUGCGGCUGAUGAUUACAAUAACCUUGUGCGGUCAUUCAAACAGAAGUCUCAACGGGCCCAUUUGAAGACCCCAAGCCCAGCUCCCAGGACAAAGCUUGAGGAGGACAUCAGCGUUGUCAUCCCCUCCCCAUCAGCGCAGCUUAAGAGAGAAAUUGACUCUGCUGAGCUGAUCACAGACGCUGUGCUGACUGGCGUUUCGGAGGAGUACUAUCCAACAGAUGUCCAUGAGAGGCGAGCUACACGGGGGGCCUACCCAGCUGCGAGAAAAACGAACCGCGCCGGUGUCUCUCUGGUAAUUGGAAAUCCUGGACCCUUUCUCACUGCUAAAAGCAGACGCCCUGUGAUAGAUCUCCUAUGUGAGAGUCUCUGGGGAAAGCUCGCUUCGAUAAAGGGACCUGCUGUGACUGUUGCCCGAGGGGAUGAGAAGAUUCUGGCUGAGAGUACCGCGGGUUUUGAAUUUAUUAAUGAAUAUAAACUCCGAGAUGGCGUGACUCCUAUUAGCCCAGAGUUUAAUGCCGGCUGCUCCUGCGAUGUUGUCUGUGAUCCGGCACGGUGCGGCUGUUUGACCCAGGAGGAAGAUUCCGAUGCGCGAAUCAUUCCUUACAAACGCGCUGCUGAUAAUGGGUCUCUUUUGGUGCUUUCUCCCGAAUUUAUGGCCCGUACUUCGAUGAUUUACGAGUGUAAUUCGCUAUGUGGAUGUGGCGAAAAGUGUUGGAAUAGUGUUAUAGAACAGGGUAGGACCGUCCGCAUGGAGAUUUUCAACACCGGUAAUCGUGGCUUCGGCCUCCGCUCCCCGAACUACAUCCGCGCGGGUCAAUUCAUAGACCUCUACCUGGGGGAGGUAAUAACCCUAGAAAAGUCCGAAAAGCGCGAGAAGAUCGCUAGUUCCCGUGGCGCCCCAUCUUAUCUCUUCACCCUCGACUUUCUUGUCGAUGACGAAAACAGUUAUGUUGUUGAUGGGUGUAACUACGGCGCCGCAACCCGCUUCAUUAACCACUCCUGCAACCCUAACUGUCGCAUGUUUGCCGUCUCCCGCACCCAUGGCGAUGAGUAUCUCUACGAUCUGGCUUUCUUCGCACUAAGAGAUCUCCCACCCUACACCGAACUCACGUUCGACUAUAAUCCGCACAUGGAAAAAGUCGACACCCCGGAUCCCAACGCACUACCUUGUCUCUGUGGCGAGAAGAAUUGUCGUGGGCAGCUGUGGGCUAAUGAGAGGAAGAAGACGAGAUAA